ACAAUGAUACUGCAUUAGGGUAGUUUUGAAAGUUGAGUCUAAAUGGUUUAAAUAUAUUUUUGGGGCUCCAAAUCCAAUCUUCCAUUGUUUACCAAAAAUAAAUAAAAAAUAAAAAAUUUCUCAAUUUACCAUAACACGCAAAUCUCGAUCCAGAUUUCCAGAGUCAACAACCCCUCAUUGUGAGAACAAUGUCUCUCCUCCUGAAACAAAUACGAUUUAUAAAUACUACCUCUUUAGUUCGUCCUCUCCCCAUCCCAAACAAGCUGAGCAAAUCAAUGAGCUGCACUACCAUUGUUAAACACUCAAAUCUGAGUAGUUCAAUCAACCCAGAAGUAGCCCAUGAGUUCCCAUUCUUCCGAGUAUACAAAGUUGGCCGAAUCGAGAAAUUCCGGUGGCCACCGCAAAAAAUCCCACCCUCCGACGAUCCCAUCACCGGCGUAAAAUCCAAAGACGUCGUCGUUUCACCCGACCCCGACAUUUCCGCUCGGAUCUUCCUUCCACGGGUGUCGGAUCCCGCCCACAAGCUUCCACUCCUCUUCUACGUCCACGGCGGCGGCUUCUCCUUCGAGUCCGCUUUCUCCACCCAAACCGACCACUACGUCCGGAUCCUCGCCGCCGAAGCCAAAGCCGUCGCCGUAUCGGUCGAGUACCGGCUGGCGCCGGAGCACCCGAUACCAGCCUGCUACGAAGAUUGCUGGGCGGCUCUCCAGUGGGUCGCGUCCCACGCUAGCGGAAAUGGUCCCGAGCCGUGGCUGAAUAACCACGCCGACUUCGGCCGACUGUUUCUCGCCGGAGAAAGUGCCGGCGCGAACAUCUGUCACACAUUGGCGGUACGGGUCGGGACAGUCGGACUACCAAAUUCGAGGAUUGUCGGGGCGGUUUUGAGCCACCCGUAUUUUGGAGGUACGGACGACGACGCGAUGUGGCUGUACAUGUGUCCAACUAGUAGUGGGUUGGAGGAUCGUAGGCUGAAACCGGCCGCAGAGGAUCUGUGCGUUUUGGGUUGCGAAAGAGUGUUGGUGUCCGUGGCGGAGAGAGAUCAUUUGUGUAGGAUUGGUAGGGCCUACUAUGAGGAUCUGAAGAAAAGUGGCUGGAAAGGAACGGUGGAGAUUGUUGAGAGUCUUGGUGAGGAGCAUUGCUUUCAUAUGGAUGACCCCACGUGUGAUAAUGCUACGGCUCUGAUAAAAAGGAUUGUUUCUUUCAUAAAGCAUGAUUAAAUAAGUGGGACACCAUGUUGAUGCCUUUUUUUUUUCUUUUUUUUUUUCAGGUCAUUUUGAAUUAUGUUUGGGUAUGUUAUGAGUGUCUUCCGAGUUCUUAUUGCCAUUGGAAAUUGGCUUUUUGACGGCUGAUUUCUAAUUUUGAAGCAUCCAAUGUCUUUCUGAAAUGCAACCCAUAUGGGACCACACCACCUACCAAUUGUUUAUACUACUAGUAUAUAUCGGACUAAUGAAGUGUUAUCAAGUACGGUGAUAAAUUAAAAAAAGGGUAAAAUAAAAAUUAUGUGCAUUGUUAGUCGCA